UUUCGUUACCAUUAUAACGCCGCUGCGCAGUUUUUUUUACCAUGAUGAAAGAGCUGCGCAGCAGCGUUAAGAUAAUAACGAAAUUUGCGUUGAGAGUUACAAGGUUUGUGUUCGCAUCGCAACUGCUUCGAAUUAAUCCAGAGAGUAUUUGGAUCAUAAGUAAGGUGGAGCAGUUGCAUUCAUGUGCUCCAAUGUUCAGUGACACGAAUGAAUUUAGGACAAGUAAGCAUGUCACCUAAUUUAAUCGGUGAGAUCACUCGAAAAGAUCGGACAUGUGUCUCGUUUCGUUUCAGCGAAAAGUGAUCGCUUGUGUGAGAAAACAGUCUAUCAACGCAGCUGAGUCAACAAAUAAAUUUAUCCAGGAAAGUAUAGAGGCCUUUCUCUCUGACCACUUUUUUUCCACUGGCAUUCGAGAACACCAGAGAACAUUUAGCCGGGUAUCUCAAGUUGGCACGAAAUGUUUGCGUUGCGCGUCCUGUGGCAAUAUGAAAACUGGAAUUCUAGUUGACGAUGUACCGUGGAAUUGUGAGGUUCGACUGAAGAAACACGCCUGUGAUGUGUUUGUUGCGCAUCAUACUAUAAAUCAUUCCUGGUAAAGACGUGAUUUUCUAGUAUCUGCAAAAUGAAAUCGAGGAUUAUUGUCCUGAGCCUGUUUAUGCUCUUUGUUAUGGUGGUAUCCACAUCGGAUACUAAAGAGCGAAAAAAGAAAUCAUGGAAAGACAAGGACAUGAUGUUCAUGACGGACGCUGACGCAGAGCGUUUGCUGGAACAGUGGGAAGCAAAUGAUGAACCCCUGGAGCCAGACGAGUUGCCGGAACAUUUGCGACCUGCCCCAAAGCUAGAUAUAUCCAAGCUAGACAUAAAAAAUCCAGAGAGUAUGCUAAAAGCAACGAAGAAAGGAAAAGGCGUUAUGAUGUUCGUAGAUCUUCAGUCAAAUGUUUCAGAGGAGCAAGCAGAUGUCAUGACCCGUAUCUGGCAGACUGGCCUACAAAAUAACCAUAUCACUAUGGAAAGAUAUCCAAUUGAAAAUAAACGUUUCAUAUUCAUGUUCCACGAUGGAGCUCAGGCUAUCGAGGGUAAAAAUUAUUUGCUACAACAUCCUGAAGUGGCUCAUGUCACGAUCGAUGGACAGUCGUAUUAUCCACCACUAAAGGAGGGAGAAAGCAUUAUAAUUGACGAGUCGAUGAAAAAGCCAAGUGCCAAGAAAUCGAAAAAAGAGUUGUAAUCUCGUGAUUAAUUUCUGAAACGAUUUCUAUUUGUCUAUUUUUAUAUAAAAAGUAUACUUUCGAGAAAUA